AUGCGUCGAAAUAAUGAACACGAAGACGAAGAUGACGGUCUUAUGGACAUCGCUAAUUCACUGGAUCCAGUAGCUGGCGAUAUUUCAGAUAACGAUGCCGUUGUUACUAUUGAUCAAGCCGUUUCAUUGUCAUCAUCAUCGUCUGAUGCUGAAUUAUAUGAUGAAGCUGACUCAAAUUUAUUCUUAUUAUUUUUUAUCUUGUAUUUCGUGCACUUAUGA